UUCCACAUAGCAGAAGGCUAGAAGCAUUCGCUCGCAGCCUCGCACACACGCUUCCGUUCCUCGCUCUGUCUUUCUCGGUCUUCUCUUACACAUCACAGACACCCAUUCGCUCGUUCUCACUCUCAGGAUUGUGUGAUCUAAACAGAGAGAUGGAACUGAGUAGCAUCAAAGAUGCAUUUGACCGUGUAGCUAAGAAGCAAAAGUUAUCCUCUUCCAAGUCUCAAGAAGUAGUUGACCAGGUGGGGCGUGAAAUUGAGCAGGCAUUGGCAACAAUCCAGGCACCAAAUGGCCCCUCAACCCCUGUUGAUCAAAAGUCCGUUCUUACAGAUCUGAAGUCAAAGCUUAAUGCUAUUGUGGCACUUAAACAGUUAGAAGGACCACAGAAGGAACUGAAUCUAAGUCUUUCCAAGUACCAAAAACUCCUUGAAAAAUAUUUCAACCCCGACAUAUCAAAGGCUUACAGAAACGUUGACUUUGAUAAUCAUAUUGUAAAUCAGAUCAUUGCAAGUCACUUUUACCGUCAAGGUUUAUUUGAUCUUGGAGAUAGCAUUAUAAAUGAGGCUGGAGAGCUGGAUUUAACUGCUCUAAGGUUGAAGUUCAUGGAAAUGCAUCAGAUUCUUGAAGCUAUGAGGGUUAGAAAUCUUCAGCCUGCUCUAACAUGGGGCUCUGCCAACCGGGAUGAACUUGUCAAGAUUGGUUCCAAUCUUGAGUUCAAGAUUCACACAUUGCAGUUUGUAGAGGUCGUGCAAAAUGGAACCCGAGCUGAUGCCUUAAAAUAUGCACGAACUUAUCUUGCUCCUUUUGCUCACCUCAACAAGGAUGACUUCCAAAAGCUUAUGGGUUGCCUCUUGUAUGCAGGAAGGCUUGAGAGCUCCCCUUAUUCUGAUUUGAUGUCACCAGCUCAUUGGGAGAUGAUAACCGAAGAGCUUGGACGGAAGUUCUGCACUCUCUUGGGGCAGUCCUACCAGAGUCCACUGAGUGUGGCAGUUGCAGCUGGAGUUGAGGGGUUGCCUACACUCUUAAAGCUGGCUAAUGUAAUGGCGGCAAAGAAGCAAGAGUGGCAGGCAAUGAAACAGUUGCCAGUGCCUGUAGAAUUGGGUAAGGAAUUUCAAUUCCAUUCGAUUUUUGUAUGCCCUGUGAGUAGGGAUCAAGGGAGUGAAGAGAAUCCUCCCAUGCUGCUGCCAUGUCUACAUGUUCUCUGCAAGCAGUCAAUUUUGAAGUUAUCCAAAAACAGCACUCGAACAUUCAAGUGUCCAUAUUGUCCCGCAGAAGCAACAGUUGCAAACUGCAGACAGCUGCAUUUCUGAUUGGUGGUGUUAAUGAAUUUCUCUCUUACACAUGUUUCAUGGAUGCAGUACAGCUUUCUGGUUUGCACUUUGUACAUAAAUAUUCUUACUAAAUUAUAUCUUUUCUGUUUGGCAAUAUUUCUUGACUGGAUAAAAAUAUUAAAAAUAACUAUGCUUCUCAAUUGGAUUGGCCUGUUACAAUUUUCGACACUCACAGGUAUGAACAAUUGUACAGGUAUAUCUGUGAUCUCACCUACGAUAUGAUGGCUUAUAAUUGUGUGCAACUCAUAGAUCAUAGUUUGUAGUACUGUUCCACAUAUAGUAGAUUAUUGGAUUUCUGGUGUCUCA